UCACGCACGGCUCCACGCUACUGUUGCUGGAGCAGAGCGUGGACUUUUCUUCAUUGACCCGGACCACUUUUUGAUUUUAACCACCUCAAAAACAUCGAUAACGACCAAUGAGCAUUUUUCUACACCAGGGACAACAUGCUAUUUGGCCUAGAUAACAACAACAACAACAUCUAAAGGCGCAUUUAUUUACUCCGCAUCCGGGUGAACAUCACCUUGCGCGGCGUGCUUUUCACGUGGGGAAACUUCGGCGAUAAGGGAGAAACCUAAGUCAUUCAGUUCGACUCUAAUUUACUUUUUGUUAACCCUAGAUAUUCGCUUUGCGUUUAGAACUACGAACAGUUUAGUCAUGUCGCUGAAAAUGGCAUCUUUAGUAUUGGAGGACGGGACGACAUUUAAAGGCCGUCUGUUCGGUGCCGCAUCUUCAGUGUCUGGUGAAGUUGUUUUCCAGACAGGAAUGGUGGGUUAUCCGGAGGCACUCACAGAUCCAUCUUACAAGUCCCAAAUACUAACUCUGACGUACCCGAUGAUUGGCAAUUAUGGUGUUCCAAAAGAUGAAGAUGGAGAGUUUGGACUCAGCAAGUGGUUUGAAUCUUCCCAAAUCCAUGCUGCUGCUCUCAUUGUUGGGGAGGUUUCGGAGAAUCGCAGUCACUGGAGCGCCGCCAAAUCUCUGGAUGAGUGGCUCAGAGAGCAGGGCAUCCCUGGCCUCCAAGGUGUUGACACUCGACGCUUGAAAAAGAUCAGAGAGAAGGGAACCAUGUUGGGAAAACUUGUGGUGGAAGGAACUCCAGCCGACAAUAUUCCAUUCGACAAUCCAGAUGCCCGAAACCUUGUUAAAGAAGUUUCCAUGAAAGCACCAAAAGUGUUUAAUCCAGAGGGCACAGUAAGAAUCACUGCCAUAGACUGUGGCAUUAAGUACAACCAGAUACGUUGCCUGUGCCAGAGAGGCGCCCGGGUCACUGUUGUCCCCUGGAAUCAUCCUCUGGACAGCAAUGACUUUGAUGGGUUGUUUAUCAGCAACGGUCCUGGCAAUCCUGAGUACUGUAAGGAGACUGUAGAGAAUAUACGCAAGGUGGCAUGUGUGGAGAAUCCCAAACCUGUCUUUGGAAUUUGCUUGGGCCAUCAACUGCUGUCUUUGGUCAUUGGCGCUAAGACGUACAAAAUGAAGUAUGGUAACCGUGGCCAUAAUCAGCCAUGCAUCCAUAAAGGAACCAAUCGCUGUUUCAUCACCUCUCAGAAUCACGGGUUUGCUGUCGAUCCAGAAACUCUCCCAAAAGACUGGGAUGUGCUCUUCACCAAUGCUAAUGACCAAACCAGCGAGGGCAUCGUUCAUAACCACAAACCACUCUUUAGUGUCCAGUUCCAUCCUGAACACAUGGCAGGUCCGACAGACCUUGUUGGUCUCUUUGAUGUGUUUCUGGAUACAGUCAGAGAUGUAAAGGAGAGCAAAGAUGGAAAAUCAGUUAAGCAAAGAUUAAUGGAGCACCUCACCUUUCCUGGAUCUCCUGACCCAGAUGCCUUUGUUCGACCACGUAAAGUUCUGGUUCUGGGUUCAGGUGGUCUUUCCAUUGGACAGGCUGGAGAGUUUGACUAUUCUGGAUCUCAGGCUAUAAAAGCUAUGAAAGAAGAGAACAUCCAAACCAUUCUCAUCAACCCAAACAUUGCCACAGUACAAACCUCAAAGGGCCUGGCAGACAAAGUCUACUUCCUUCCAAUCACACCAGAGUAUGUCACACAGGUGAUAAAGAACGAGCGUCCGGACGGGGUGUUGCUCACUUUCGGAGGUCAGACAGCCCUGAACUGUGGUGUGGAACUCACAAAACAAGGAGUGCUGGAAAAAUACAAAGUACGUGUGCUUGGUACUCCAGUGGCCUCCAUAGAGAUGACCGAAGACAGGAAGAUCUUUGUGGAGAAGAUGGAGGAAAUCAAUGAACACGUCGCCCCCAGUGAGGCGGCCAUGUCUGUUGAACAGGCAGUGGCUGCAGCUGAAAGACUUGGUUAUCCGGUUCUGGUCCGUUCUGCGUUUGCUUUGGGUGGACUGGGUUCAGGCUUUGCCAAUAACAGAGAUGAGAUGAUCACGUUAGUCACUCAGGCCUUCGCCCACACAUCACAAGUCCUGGUUGACAAAUCGCUUAAAGGCUGGAAAGAAAUCGAGUAUGAAGUAGUGCGGGAUGCCUAUGACAAUUGUGUUACGGUGUGUAACAUGGAGAACAUCGAUCCUCUAGGAAUCCACACUGGAGAGUCCAUAGUGGUGGCUCCUAGCCAGACACUGAACGACUACGAAUACAACAUGCUGAGAAACACGGCCAUCAAAGUUAUUCGCCACUUGGGUGUUGUGGGAGAAUGCAACAUUCAGUAUGCCCUGAAUCCUGAAUCAGAGCAGUACUACAUCAUUGAAGUCAAUGCUCGUCUCUCUCGGAGCUCUGCAUUAGCCAGUAAGGCCACAGGUUACCCGCUGGCCUAUGUGGCUGCUAAACUCAGCUUGGGAAUCCCUCUGCCCGUGCUCAAAAAUUCAGUGACCAAUUCCACAACCGCCAACUUUGAACCCAGUCUGGAUUACUGUGUGGUGAAGGUUCCUCGCUGGGAUUUGAGCAAGUUCCUCAGAGUCAGCACUAAAAUAGGCAGCUCCAUGAAGAGUGUUGGAGAAGUGAUGGCCAUCGGCCGCAGCUUUGAAGAGGCCUUCCAGAAAGCUUUGAGAAUGGUGGAUGAGAACUGCGUUGGAUUUGAUCACACCAUCAAACCAGAGUCUGAAGAGGAGUUGCAGACACCCACAGAUAAGCGCAUCUUUGUUCUGGCUGCUGCUCUGCAUGCUGGAUAUACAGUAGAGCGGCUCUAUGAGCUGACCAAGAUAGACCACUGGUUUCUGCAUAAGAUGAAGAACAUCGCAGACCACAAGAAGCUUCUGGAGACGUAUAAACAGGAUGAGACUGCAAUGCCUCCUGAGAUCAUGAGGAAAGCCAAGCAGUUGGGCUUCUCUGACAAACAGAUCGCCCAAGCUGUGCAAAGCACUGAACUUGCUGUGAGGAAGUUAAGACGGGACUGGAAGAUCUUUCCAGUUGUCAAACAGAUCGACACCGUGGCUGCGGAGUGGCCUGCUCAAACCAACUACCUGUACCUGACGUAUCACGGCUCAGAGAGCGAUGUGGUAUUCGAGCAGCCGCAUGUCAUGGUGAUCGGCUCCGGGGUUUACCGCAUCGGCAGCAGUGUGGAAUUCGACUGGUGUGCUGUUGGCUGUAUUAUGGAGCUCAGGAAGAUGGGAUAUAAAACCAUUAUGGUGAACUACAACCCGGAAACAGUCAGCACUGAUUAUGAUAUGUGUGAUAGACUGUAUUUUGAUGAGAUCUCCUUUGAGGUGGUGAUGGACAUCUAUGAGAUGGAGAAUCCAGAGGGUGUUAUUCUGUCUAUGGGUGGGCAGCUGCCCAACAACAUCGCCAUGUCUCUUCAUAGACAGCAGUGCAGGAUCCUGGGCACCUCACCUGAGUUCAUAGACAAUGCAGAAAACCGCUUCAAAUUCUCCAGAAUGCUGGACACCAUCGGGAUCAGCCAGCCUCGGUGGAAAGAGCUCUCUGAUACUGAGUCUGCUGUAAAUUUCUGUGAGACGGUGGGGUAUCCCUGCUUGGUGAGGCCAUCGUAUGUUCUGAGUGGAGCUGCGAUGAACGUGGCCUACUCAGACACGGACAUGGAGAAGUUUCUGAGCAGUGCUGUUGCUGUGUCAAAGGAACACCCUGUCGUUAUUUCUAAAUUCAUUCAGGAGGCCAAGGAGAUUGAUGUGGACGCCGUGGCCUGUGAUGGAGAGGUUAUUGCCAUUGCGGUUUCUGAGCAUGUGGAGAACGCAGGGGUUCAUUCUGGAGACGCUACACUGGUGACUCCUCCACAGGACAUUAACCAGAAAACCAUGGAGCGCAUUAAGAUGAUCGUUCAUGCUAUUGGUCAGGAGCUUCAGGUCACCGGCCCGUUCAACCUGCAGCUCAUUGCUAAGGAUGACCAGCUGAAGGUGAUUGAGUGCAAUGUGCGAGUCUCACGCUCCUUCCCUUAUGUGUCCAAAACACUUGGGGUGGAUCUUGUUGCACUUGCAACAAGAGUCAUAUUGGGAGAGGAAGUAGAGGCUGUUGGGCUGAUGAGGGGGAAUGGCAUUGUUGGAGUUAAGGUUCCUCAGUUCUCCUUCUCCCGGCUGGCUGGAGCAGAUGUGGUUCUGGGUGUUGAGAUGACCAGCACUGGAGAAGUGGCAUGCUUUGGGGAGAACCGAUACGAGGCCUAUCUCAAAGCCAUGCUUAGCACCGGCUUCAAGAUCCCUAAAAAGAACAUUUUGCUCUCUAUCGGUAGUUAUAAGAAUAAGAGUGAGCUGCUGCCCACAGUCCAGACUUUGGAGAGUUUGGGUUAUAACUUGUAUGCAAGUCUAGGCACUGCUGACUUCUACACUGAACAUGGAGUCAAGGUAAUGGCAGUGGACUGGCCUUUUGAAGAGGAGAGCGACUGUCCGAAUAAAGACAAACAGCGCAACAUCAUGGACUAUCUGGAGGAGAACCAUUUUGACUUGGUCAUCAAUCUGUCCAUGAGGAACUCUGGGGGAAGACGCUUGUCCUCUUUUGUGACCAAAGGAUACCGAACUCGUCGAAUGGCCAUUGACUUCUCUGUGCCACUAAUUACUGACAUAAAGUGCACUAAGCUUUUUGUUCAAGUAAGUAGGAAUGCUUUUACAUCUUUAACCCCAAACCUAGCUUCUAUUUUUAUUCAGAUGCAGAACCCUCUAAAUCUAUCAGACCUCUUUUUUUUCUCUCCUGUGCGCACAAAUGCAAAACAGUCUGUGUUGGUACCUCCUGGUUAUGGUCAGGAUGUGAAGUCUUGGUCUGCAACCCCAACAGCAACCACCGAGGUGAUAAUGGAUGCACCUAAGCGUGUGAGUGAGGCAAUGACUCCUGAGCGCCUCCGUCAGACAGCACCUGUUGAUGUGGUCCGCAGUCGUGCCCCAAGCCCGCGCCGCUCAGCUGGAGAUGGACGCUUGAUUCUGCCACCUCGUAUCCACCGCUCAUCUGAUCCUGGCCUGCCUCCAGGUUUCAAAAGAUCUACCAUGCAUCCCCAAAAGGCGUUUGCCGAAGAGGAAGUGUCUUUAAGAGCGCCAUUUGAUGCAGAAUUGGCUCUACCAGCAGAGUUAUACUCCCACCCUCCUCCCCUGGCCAGGAUUCUGUCACCUCAAGCUGGGCAGCCACAGAUCCUGCCUCACCCUCAAACCUCCCCGCUGCUGCACCCGCUGGUGGGCCAGCACAUCCUGUCUGUGCGCCAGUUCAGCAAGGAACAGAUGUCACACCUGUUCAAUGUGGCACAUACGCUUCGUCUCAUGGUGCAGAAGGAAAGACCCUUGGAUAUUUUGAAGGGUAAAGUCAUGGCCUCCAUGUUCUACGAGGUGAGCACUCGCACCAGCAGUUCAUUCGCAGCAGCCAUGCAUCGUCUGGGAGGGUCUGUGGUGCAUUUCUGCGAGUCCACAUCUUCAACACAGAAGGGCGAGUCUCUGGUGGACUCUGUAAACACCAUGAGCUGCUAUGCUGAUGUCAUUGUUCUGCGGCACCCCAUACCUGGAGCUGUAGAGAGUGCGGCAAGACAUUGUCGGCGUCCGGUGAUCAACGCUGGUGAUGGGGUCGGAGAACAUCCAACUCAGGCCCUUCUGGACAUCUUUACAAUCCGAGAAGAGCUGGGAACGGUCAACGGCAUGACUAUUACCAUGGUAGGUGACCUGAAACAUGGGCGAACUGUGCAUUCUCUAGCUAGACUUCUCACUCAGUACAGGAUCACUUUACGCUACGUGGCCCCCAAGAAUCUGAGCAUGCCAGCAGAAAUCAUCGACUUUGUGGCCUCCAAGGGAAUUAAACAGGAGGAGUUUAACAGCAUUGAAGAAGCCCUUCCUGACACUGAUGUUCUGUACAUGACAAGAAUACAGAAAGAGCGAUUCUCUUCUGAAAAAGAGUACAACGCGUGUUUUGGCCAGUUCAUCCUAACCCCACAUAUCAUGACGGGAGCCAAAAGGAAGAUGGUGGUCAUGCAUCCUCUUCCCAGAGUCAAUGAGAUCAGUGUGGAAGUGGACACAGAUCCUCGGGCUGCUUACUUCCGGCAGGCAGAGAACGGGAUGUAUAUUCGGAUGGCACUGCUGGCUACUGUAUUGGGUCGAUGAAGGGACCAUAAUGGUUUAGUCUUGACAUUUGGCAGUAAAGGGAAAUAUUUUAUUGCUUACUGAUGUGAUUCCAUGUUUAUUGUUCACUCUAUAUUGCUGCAUUAGGUGAGAUUUGUGGGUUGAAGUACCCAGAACUGUUUUUCAUUCCAGUACUGACCAUAAUAACAUUCCAUAUUGAGUUUUUGAUCUAAAACACGCACAUUAAAUCAACCACAGUGGAGUGUGGUUACCUUUAGAUUUGUUUUUUUACAUUUAGUGUAGUGCUCCAGCAAGUGUAGAGAGUUGCUCCGUGUCAUUUCAGUGUCUUUAAACUUGCAAACAGUUCUACAACUACAUAUUUCACUGUUAUAAAUGAAAGUCCUGUAUUCUUUAUUUGUGCAUUUACAACAAUGCAGAUGUCUUUACAUGUCAUCACAUUCAUUUUUUCCUAUCCAAUUGGGACCAGACUUUAGUAAACUAAUCCUCUUAGCAAAAUAGAUAGUGUGGUAGGAGGAUUAUUCUUCUAUACUGAGUAAAAGUUUGUAGUUGGAAUUUUUAGACAAUAAAAAUGGCAAUCUCUGAUCUUUC